GUUUGAAUUUGAGGAAAGAUAACUGGUUGAUAUUUUUGGUUUGACCUGGUUCUGGUUUUCUCAGCUUGUGUCCUGGUCCUGAGCCGACAUGAAGCCGCCUCCUCGUCAACGCUCGAAGCCGAACCGCGAGCUGAGCCAGUCUCAGGUCCGAGUGCGGCGUUCGACUGGUCUCCUGACCGAGUGGAAACGAAAAGAACGAUACCAGCUACUGUCCGCCCUCAAAAAACUCGAGAGGACCGCCGGAGGCGAGAGCGAGAUCGACUAUGUUUUCCUGAGGAAGAGCGUCCCGACCAGAACCUCGUUCGAGAUCCGUUCUGCAGUGGAAGCUCUGAAGAACAAAGUGAUAACAUCUGUGAAGUUCAAACUGCACAUGCAGGAGAAGAGGGACAAAAAGUCCCUCGAGCUCUGGACGGAUUUGGCUUGUGCGGUGGCUGGAAAACUGAUAGAACCCAUUUCUGCUGCUUUCUCUCAGAUGCUGAUCGUGUCCUCAACAGAGCCUUGUACUUUGAAGAACUCUGUCCCUUCACAGGCUCACAGUCCAUCACCGCGCAGAGGCAGACCUAUUAGUCGCACUGGGCCUAUAGGAUCCGUGGCUUGUUUGCAUGUCCACGGUGACUCUCCUGGCAGCAAAACCACCAGUGCAGCCGUCCCUGUGUCGAGGCUCAGAGCUCCGGCCUCCUCUGUUCCAGCUUCAAAACCCCCUUCAUCCACUCCUGACACCCCCACGUCCUCGUCUCUCACCAUUGCAGCUUCAUCUGCUGUGGCUACUGCCUCACUCGGGUCAUCCGAGUGCUCCCCGCUGCUCUCCACAGACAGUUGUCCCAGUUCAUUUGAUGUCAAGUACAACGUAGACUUUGAGAAGAUCUAUUGCUAUUUGAGUGCUGUCCACAAGCAGAGUGAUGGGUGUGUUCUAAACCCCAUGGAAAGUGCUAUCGUUCUGGACCUAAUAAUGUCUCUACCGGAGGAGCUGCCCCUGCUGGACUGCAAGAAACUGCACCAACAUCUGAAGCAGGUGUACAAGUGCUUGACAGCACCCGCACACCUCAACCAGACAAGAGAAAUGGUGAAAGUCUUCCAACCAAACGAGGACGAACACAACAAACGCUGCACAACUACACCACAAGAGGGAUUCAGUCGAACACAGGCACCAAGCAGCGAUUUCACCAAGUCGGACCCAAAACAGAACAAGAUCUCAACAGAUACAAGCAAUCAGCAAGACGCCGCCGGGGCCUCUCUGAACAACACAGGACUGAAUCUUCAGUCAGACUGUGAACAGACUCUGAGCCAGUCAUGUUGGAGUGAUGACGCAUCCAUGAAGUCUGAUGACAUCAGUGUGACGUGGCAUUGCCCCCCCCCUAAAUCCCUUUAUGGUCCCACUAAAACUUUUAAUGCGUCAAUAAGUCAUGUUUACCCAAGGGCAAUAUUGGGGUGAAAGUACAAGAACACUUCCCAGAAGAUAUUACUCAUGAAAUCCUAAAACAAUCUUACAGUGUUUAAAAAAUAAAUAAAACUCUAUGUAUCUGUUGAACCAGGCCGUCCACUGUAGGCCAGCUUCAACAUUUUCGUAAGAGUCACAGCAAUGUGUUCAUUAGUAGCUACAUUCACGUUCCUCAACAAUUUUUUAAAAUUAUUAUUAUUAAAUGCGGUGAUUGGGCUCUCAAGUGUUAUGGUCCAGGCUCAGAACAUGAGUGUAACUUUGCUCAGUUCUUAUAUCUCCUGGGAGGUUGUGUUUUCUUUGACAUUUCUCUGUCAGCCGGAUAUCUCCAAACGUGAUCAUCUUACAAUGAAGUGAAAUUUGGUGAGGUAGCAAACACUGGGUCCUGGAAGAGUUUAUUAUAUUUUUAGUGCAGCA